AUGAAUAAGAGAUGCAAUGGACUUGUGUUUACAAUGGAGAAAGGCGCUCCUCCACGUAAGAAAAAGGAAUCUGCCACGCCCAGCGCCCCAGCACUAAAAGGGGUGAGCAAGGCCAAAUCCAAACAAAUUGGAUUUACGUUUACCUUUAAGGACGAUGAGCCUGCGCCCACAAAGAAGAGCGCCGUGCUCCCUGCAGAAAAAAGCGCGCAAAAGCCAAGCAAGCAAGCAAAGGCUGCGCCAAAAGUUGCCCCAGGCCAGAAGAAAUUUAUAUUUUCAUUUGAGGUGGACAAAAGCGCAAAAGACAGUGUACAUAAAGCAGGAGCAGAAAGCGCGCCUGCUGUGAAAAAGCUUGCAAGCACAAGAGGAAGAAAACCCGCUGCUAAAGUCGGCCCAAUGAAGGAAGCUGUGUCCAUGGCUGAAAAGCACUCUUCUAGCAAAGAGACAGGCCCUUCUGGGAAAGCCCCUCCUGCAGUGUCUUCUGCGCGCGCAGCAGGCAAACGAGCAGGUAAACCUGUCGCAGCUACAAGCGAGGAAAAACCUGCACCAAGCACUACCAUAGCUGAGAAAGUUUCCUCUGCAGAUGAAAUAGGCGAGUGCUGGCAGGAUUUAGAUGCCAUGCCUGAUUUAGAUAAAGAUAUGGCCCUUUCUAUUGGAGAUGGCACACCAAGUGUGCAAGAGGACAUAAGCAAGGCAGCUUCUACUUCGAGCCCAGCAGAACAGCCUCUGACAAGUGAGAAAAACGAAAUGAGCAUAGCACCAUCUGUGAUUAGAUCUAUACCUAGCACUCCUAUGAAAGCACAGACUCCAACUCCAAGCCGAACGCCAAGAAACAGCAUGCACUUCCCAUCUGUUGCCCAUCUAAACACCGCGCCCCUACAAAGUAAAGCAGCCACCCCCAUACUGAACCGGAAAAGAAUGACAAUAGGCCCAGAGGACGUUGUCUCGCCAGUUAAGAUACGCAGGCUGUCUCUCGAUGCGUUUGAUGCAAGGAAGUGUUCUAUAUUCCAAACACGUAGAGAGAGCCUGUUUGGGUACGACCAGAUAUAUGGAGGCAGUGUUUCUCCAGAAGACUUCUAUAGGCACUCAAACAUCUCGCAGCCUGCAAAGACAAGAACGAAGCAGAUUCUUCUCUGGAUUGCAAAGUACAUUUCUAACGGGCAUCUGAAAAUAGACGGGCUUACUGAGGAAAGCACACAGAAGAUAUGCACAAUGUACAUGCGGCAAAUAAAUGAGCUUGUUCUUCCUGAGCAGCCAAAGACCAAGGAAGAUUCGCACAUAGUGGAUAAUGCAAAGAGUGUAAUAGUCGCGCUCCAAGACGACACAGCCAAGUACAGAAGCGAAAUAGAGAAGUGGAAAGAGGUGUACAGCACUCUCCUUCAUUCUUAUACACUGAAGGUGCCUCUUUUUGCGCCAGAGGAAAAUAUGCGAAGGCUGUCCAUACACAGACAGAGUAUGAAUGGGCUUGUGUCCUUUGAUGCAACUGUAAUAGGAUGCACCCCUGUUGACACAAUGCGUGCUCUUUCCAGGCGGCUGGAGGAGCUGCACAGUUCUCUGAACUCCUCAAGGUAUUUCCUUUUUCUUUCUCUCGAGUACACGAAAAAGGUAUGCGGCUCUCUGCUUGAGGCCUCCCACCCACUCGACAAGUCUAAAGCGAACGCGCUCUUGCAUGUUCUUUGCAAAAUAUCCCGUAAGGUGCAAGUAUAA